AUCACCAUUUCUUUUCCAUGACUUUCCUCUUAUCAAGAACAUUUAUUUCUCUCACUCUCAGACCUUCUUGUUCGAUUUCCAUGGCGAAUUUAACGACGAACGCUAAAACUCGCCUGAGAGGUGUUGUAUUCGAUAUGGACGGAACCCUGACUGUUCCGGUCAUCGAUUUCGCCGCAAUGUAUAGAGCUGUUCUUGGUGAAGAUGCUUACAAGCGAAUCAAAGCAGAGAGCCCUAGUGGGAUUGAUAUUCUGCAUCAUAUUGAGUCGUGGAGUCCUGAUAAACAGCAGAAGGCGUAUGAAAUCAUUGCUGAUUAUGAGAAACAAGGAAUAGAUAAGCUUCAAAUCAUGCCUGGUACUGCUGAACUAUGUGGCUUCCUUGAUUCCAAAAAGAUAAAGAGGGGGCUAAUUACACGCAAUGUUCAAAAGGCAAUCGACAUCUUCCAUCAACGUUUUGAGGUUAUCUUUUCUCCAGCACUAGGCAGAGAGUUUCGUCCAUAUAAACCAAACCCAGACCCGCUGUUGCAUAUAUGUUCUACAUGGGACAUCCAACCUAAUGAAGUCAUGAUGGUUGGUGACAGCUUAAAAGAUGAUAUAGCAUGUGGGAAACGAGCUGGAGCCUUCACUUGCUUGCUAGAUGAAACCGGAAGGUAUGGACCAGACGAUUUUUCUGUUUCCGGUCUGCAACCUGAUUUUAAGGUUGAUUCCUUGUCCAAAAUCCAGAACCUAUUGGAGACGAACUUCGACCUGAACCCGUAGUUUUUCCAAGUUCCUCAUCUUGUAGUUUCAGUGACCAAAUUAGUGUCCUACUCAACACAGUAUCUGUUCAGGAUAGCCAUAAAUGUCAAACCACGGAAUUCUAUGCACUGGCUAUCUUUAAGUUGCACAAUUGUGUCCCUGCAUGGUCGUCUAGCGAACAUGUGUGUGAGGGCAAACAUUGUUGUUUGUUAAAUCCAAAAUUUCAAGAUUUUUAAUAUCAUCUCUAGUCUCUGAAUGGCUGAAUCUGUUUCUUAGUAAGUCUUCC